AGGCUUAGACUGGCCUCGACUUCAUAAUUAAGUGGAAAAAAGUCGUUGUUUUCCUCUCUCUUUACCGUGAUAUUUUCGUGAGACCCAAAUAUCCGUUUGUAUAUAUGUUUACAGUGAAAACACGAGUAGAAGUAUAAAGACAUAUCUAAAAUCGAAUUCUUCUUAUUGUCGCCCUUUCAGUGAAGUUUAAAUAGACCUACAGAUAUUGAUUCAGAACAACGAGAACUUCAAACAUGGCGCCACUCGCGAUAAUGAAGCAGCCGGCGUCCCUCAGGGAGAUGUCUCGGGGCCACCGAUGGUUCGUGCUGCUGACUGGCCUCAUCGAAACGUCCCUCUGGUCCGGUAACAUCUUCGGCUGGGCGUCGCUGGUGCACAUCAUGAAGACGCAGGGCGUCUUCAGGCAUCUCUGCCCGGACGAAUUCCUAGGAGGAGGGAACAAGACAGCCGUGACGUCACUGUCAUGGAACGAGACAGCCGACGGAGGGGAUGCGCAUGGGUUGGAGUUUACCCGCGGGUGCAGAGCGCAGGACGAACAGUUCACUCUCAUAGGAACCGUCGCCAUCGUCAUGUACACCACGCCAGGGAUCCUCGUCGGCUACGGCCUACACCAUCUAGGCCAAGCCUUCACCAGGAUCACGGCCAGCGUCCUCAUCUCGCUGGGAUUCGUUCUCCUUUCGCUCACCAGUGAAGCAACUCCGAACUAUCUCUGGGGUGGCUCCAUCCUAUUGUCCGUCGGAGGCAACAUGAUCAGAGUGGCGUGUUUCGAGUUUGGCAACCUGUUCCCGAAACAGAGGAACACUGUCAUGGCCAUCAUCAGCGGCAUCUAUACGAUCUCUGCGGCGCUGUUCAUGGUCAUGCAGUCGGCGUUCGAAGCCGGUUACGGAUGGGAGGCAGUCUGUAGGCUGAUGGCGGUCGGGUCGUGUUUCAUCGUCAUGACGACGCUGUUUAUCCCUUGGCAUCACAUUCCCCACGAGGACGAAGCAGGUUCAGAAAAGCAGUCGGAAAGCCAGCCUAAGCUUGUAACCAAAUCCGAUGACACCGAGUUGAAAGAAACGGGAAAACUUCACGACUCGACGGAAAAACCCGCCAACUCCCACCAGACUCCGCUGAGCAAGAGCUUGUUCUCCGUCUCCAUGGCGCUUCUCCAGUUCUGGCUGUUCAACAACAUGCUCGCCGUCACCAUUUUUGGGACCUACUUCAACUCUUGGAUCAAUAAAUUUUCCCAAAGCAACGAAGAAGCUGCAUACUACUCUAGAAUGUUUGGUUAUGCCAAUGUGCUCUGCGUCUUCACCACACCUCUACCGGGACUGUUCAUUGACCUCCUAUCGGCCUACUACAAGAGAGGCAAAACGGGCGUGGAAGAAAAGAUGGCGACCGUCCAGGCCAUGAUAGCGCCAAUGAUGAUCAUCUCCUUCACAGUAGCAGUCCAGAUCUCUUGCUUCUUCUUCUUCUCCCCGUGGGCUGUGUACCUUGGGCUCUUCUGCCUCGCUAUCAAUAGACCGGGAUGUUUAGGCGUAGGCAUCCCCUUCAUGAGAUCAAGGUUCCCUGCUGACCAUUUCAAUCGUAUGAUUGGUAUACAAGGGACGGUCAUUUCCCUUCUGUCGACUUUACAGUAUCUUCACUUCACGUGGACACAAUCCAAUUACUAUACGGCCAUCGGAACGUUAGUGAGUCUACUGGCACUUUCAUUCGUCCAACCACUGCACCUGUUUGACAGAAAAUAUCUACACCGGGUCCUGCAAACUUCCUCCAAAGCACAGAAGAAUGAAGAAGCUUGAAAGGAGCAUUUGGAUCGACAACCAGAUGCCUGCCUUAAAGGUGAUCAUGCGUAAGAUACCGUACUCCUAAGAGUUAAAACUAACGUACCCAUAAGAGUAUUGCCCAUAAAAUACACGUUGUGGGAUCUCCAACCAAUGACCUGUGUGUCAUCUUGGAUAACUGGAAUAGUAUAAAGAAUAAAAUAGAUUAGUAAUUGCGAUGUUUAAAGAACUGCGUUCGCAGCCAACUGUUGGUGAUUCAGGCCGUGGAGUGGCUAACGAUCCAAAACACUACUAUACUGUAGUCAGGAUUAACUAUUUUAAUCCUGACUGUAGUGACGAAACACUGACAGCACAAUGCUAUUUUGUCUCUCUGAUGUUUAAUUAUCAUAAGAAUUUGUUAUCAUUGUACAAUUAAAUUAAUCAUAACUGUGCAACAUUAGAUAACAUUUUGAAAACACUUUUAGGAAAAUGAUAUUGUCCCCUGCCAUACUCAGCGACUGUUUAACACCGACGACAGAAAAGGAUAGCAGGGGUAUUUCUUUCUAUUCUAAGGGUUCGGAACGAUACUAAAGAUAAUUGUAAGAUAACGGCCACCACAGGAAAGUAAUGCUCUGUUAUUGGGAAUUAAAUUCUUCCUAGAAGCAGCACACGACAAUAAAGAAUACUUGCCGAAUUAACUGGUGUAGGCCUAACGUUUCCGUAGCCAAGAUUAUCCUUGGUGCCAUUCUUACAGACUAUUUUGUCCUCUCCAUGAUGUUCCAGUGACUUUUACAAUAGAGAAUUUAUUUUUAUAUAUAUUCGAAAUUAGGUUGUCCGUACUUAGUAUAAGGUUCAAUUGAUAUAGCAACUUACCAAAUGAGCAGUUUAGGGCAUAUGUGUUGCCCACGGUCUAGGUAUAUCGGUGUACCGAGACUUACUGACAUAGCCUGAAACCUAUAGGCCUAUUUGCAAUAAGCAUUUUUAUUAACGAGCAAGAUAUUUAUACCUUAUUCUAUGUGGUAUAUAUGAGAUUAAUGAUGUUCUGGAAAACUGAAAACGCCACUACAGUAUGCUCCACAAUAUCUACUACAGCAAAAUAUUAGUAAAUAAAUAAAAUUCAGUAAGGUUGCUUCAUUACCUGUGAA